CUCGGAGCAUCAGGUCUGCAGUUGGGGACCUACCCAGUGGGUUGGGACACCACCUAAGGUAAACUCCUGCAGGUUGAGAGCCCUCGCUUGAUUUGGUGAAGCCCUUGCUUUAUUUGAGUCACAUAUGGAUACCAGAAGAGAUGCAUCACCUGUUCUGCUAUUGUAUUUCAGCUUCCUCCUGUGGAAUUAAGAAAUGAUUCCAAGCUGCAGGGAGGAAAUUUCUAUUGACCGCCAGGGAAAUUCAGAUCCAGACUUGGACUUUGAAACUAAUUCCACUUUUAAAUUACAACUAAAAAAAAGUGAAAAAAAGCAACAGUUAAAAGCAUGUGAUGGGAAUAAAAACGAGCACAUCUAUCUGAACGUGAAACACAGCCCUUCUUCCAAGAAAGAGAUGAUGAGAAGAGAAACAACAGAGGAGAACAAGAACAUCAAGAACAAAGAUUCUCCUGUGUCAUGUACUACCUGCUGGAUUAUCACAGUCACCCUAGGGAUCCUCUUCUUGGCAUUGGUGGGAACAGUAGUGUUUUUUUUUAUCAAGGGCUGUCCACGCUGCCCUGAGCAGUGGGUGGCUUACAGAGGGAGCUGCUACUCCUUCUCCAAGGAGAAGAAGGACUGGAAUUCCAGCCAGCGAUCCUGCUGGGAGCAGGGAGCUCAUCUCCUGGUGAUCAGCGAUGCCAGCUGCAUGGACCUGUUCCAGAGUAUUCAGCCAGAAUGUUUCUGGAUUGGACUGAGGAACAGCACAGGCUCUGGCUGGAUAUGGGAAGAUGGCUCUAUACUCAAUGGCACCAAGGUCUCCUCCAACAGCCCUGUGCAACACUGCGCCGUCCUGAUGAAAGGUCAAUUUCAGGCCUCCAGCUGUCAAUUUAAUGCUCCAUGGAUCUGUGAGAAAUCUCUUAGAUAAAGCCCGUGUGCAUUUUCAUCUCAUAACCAUCUCAUCAGUGGUGCAAGUGGAUCAUUCUCCUGCAAACCAAAGCCCUGCACAAGACCAAGGGCUUGCCCUUCCCACACCCUCACAAAGGUGCUUUGCAGGGACAGUCUUGUUGCCCGUAAGGGUGAGUUGUCCUCAGUGGUAGUUCCAUUCCCAGGCCACACGUGUUGGAUUGCUGCUGUUUGUGACCAGAUGAGACCUGGGACAUAUUCCCUGACCUACCCCUUGCCUUAUUUGUCCUAUAAUAGGCCAUCAAAAGGUUUGUCACAACAGAUACUGGGUCUUCAGAUCUCAUGUUCCUCUGUUCCUAAACAUCAGAUGUCAUUUCCACUUCCUGCAUCUCCAUUGUCUGGUGCCAGCAGGACCAGAAAAAUGAAGUGUGAUGCUCACUGCCGGAAACAUAUAAACAGACUUCUCCCAGUGGCAGCCUCUUUUUUUGGCAUCCCAGUGAUAGAAGUGGGAGAAAAGAGGGUGAAAUGAGACCACAACUUCUGUAAAUCUCUCAGUGAAAACAAACCUGCAGUACUGCACUGGACCAAAAGUGUGUACCCAUGUCAUUUCUUCUCUCUGUUGGAAGGAACCAGCUGCACACCACGUUUUACAAGCCAGCUUCAACCAAACCAGUCAGGAGGCUGGACUUCUGGAGUCAAAGGAAUACAGUUAGUUGUGUGUUAUUAUUGAAUCAACCAAGAACGUGUUUCCCUCUCCAGGAACUAAAAGAUUUGAGUUCUCAUCUCAGAUCAUCUGGGUUACUUUGGGUGAGUCAUUUUGUCUGUGCCAGAGUCCAUUCAACUCUCAAAAGAAGAUGCUGUCCCUGACUCCUAAGAAGUUGCCAGGGCCUAUGAAAUAGAAUCAUAGAAUCAUGGAACCAUAGAAUCGUGGAAUUGUCUAGGUUGGAAGGGACCUUAAAGAUCAUCUAGUCCAACCAUCAACCUAACUCUGAUUAAAAAACCCCCAACAAAACCCCACAUCACUAAGCCGUGUCACUAAGCACUCUGUCAACCCAUCUUUUUAAUACCUCCAGGGAUGGUGGGACAACCUGCUGGAGCUGACUCCUUUUCAUCAGGGAGCAGAGGGACUGGAUGAUCUCAAGAGUCCCCCUCAGCCUGAAGACAGGUGUGACAAUUGCUUUCAUCCAGUCCUCAGGUCCUCAAUAACUAUCCUGGUUGCCAUUACCUUUCAAAAAUAACCAGGAGUGUCCUUACAAUUACAUCAGCAGAAAUGUUAUAGUACGAGCGCUUUAACCCAAUAUGGAAUCCAUGGUGGUUAGUAUAUUUUGAACAAUCUAUAAGAAGAUAGCAGCUCCAGUACUUCUCUACAGGAAUCAGAAACCCAGCAACCUAAUAGAGGUUUAUGAGAUGUCUCCC